UUCCCCUCUCCUCCUGCCUUGUGUCUGUGAGCUCCCAGUCCUGCCUUCCCAGCCUGUGCUGUUCUCUCUUACUCACAGUCUCUCUCACUGAGUCUCACACUCUCCAGCCACAAUGAAAACCUCCAAGCAAACUACAUACUCUGUGCGUACCUCCACCAGUAGCAGGCCUGCUGCUAUACCAAUCACCCGUUCUGCUCCUGUCUACAAGGCCUUCAGCCACCACGGUGGGGCCGGCGGCGGGACCCGCAUCAGCAUGUCAUCAGCCUCCAGCCUCCGCAGCGGGGUUGGAUCCGGGAUGGGAAUGGGAAUGGGAAUGGGAAUGGGCUCUGGAGCAGGGGGCUUCUCUAGCAGCGUGCAGGUGAGCGGGAAGAGCGCCGACAUCAUGGGCAAUGAGAAGUUUGCCAUGCAGAACCUGAACGACCGUCUGGCCAACUACCUGGAGACUGUGAGGAACCUGGAGCAGGCCAACCUCAAGCUGGAGAUUAAGAUCAAGGAGGCCCUGGAGAAGAGCGGACCGGACUUCAGAGACUACAGCAAGUACCAGGCCAUCCUGGACGACCUGAGGAAGAAGGUGUUUGAUUCCACCACCGACAAUGCCCGCCUGGUUCUCAACAUCGACAACGCUCGCCUGGCGGCCGAUGACUUCAGAGUGAAAUACGAGUCUGAGCUGGCCAUCCGUCAGUCUGUGGAGGCCGACAUCGUCGGUCUGAGGAAGCUCAUCGAUGACACCAACAUGAGCCGCAUGAACCUGGAAAGCGAGAUUGAAUCCCUGAAGGAGGAGCUUAUCCACCUCAAGAAGAACCAUGAAAAUGAAGUUAUGGAGCUUCGUAACCAGAUCGCCCAGUCAGGAGUCCAUGUGGAUGUCGACGCUCCUAAAGGACAGGACCUGGCUCAAUUAAUGGCGGAAAUAAGGGCUAAGUACGAGAAGAUGGCACAGAAGAACCAGGAAGAACUCAAAGCAUGGCACGAAUCUCAGAUAACAGAAGUGCAGUCCCAGGUCACCCAGAACACAGAGGCCCUGAAGGGUGCGCAGACAGAGGUGAAUGACCUGCGCAGACAGCUGCAAACCCUGGAGAUCGAGCUGGAGUCACAGAGGAGCCUGAAAUCCUCUCUGGAGGGCACGCUGAGGGACACAGAGAUGCGUUAUAACAUGGAGAUCGAGGCCCUGAACGGCGUCCUCCUGGGUCUGGAGGCCGAGCUCACACAGCUGCGUAACAACAUCCAGGUGCAGACGCAGGACUACGAAGCCCUGCUCAACACAAAGAUGAAGCUGGAGGUGGAGAUCGCUACAUACAGACGCCUGCUGGAUGGGGAAGGGGACUUUGCGCUCCAAGAUGCUCUGGACCAGAAGUCAGUAAAGAAAGUGAUGACUGUCACACAGACCCUGGUGGACGGCAAGGUGGUCUCCUCCAGCACAGAAACCAAGAAUCUUUAAAUCCCAGAAGCAACCACCUGACACUCCCAACAAUCACUGUCUCUGCAACAUAACACUAACAUGAUUGGCAAAAACCUGUCUGUCUUUCUUUUUACAGCACUAACCGUAACGCUGCAGUUAGUUUGACCUCCUGGGCCUACAGCUGUUCCACAGGCCGAUGAUAGAUAAACUGGAUAAGAGGAAAACUAAAUCAUCUUUUAUUUAUUUCAUCAUGAUUUAUUUAUGUGUUUGUAUGUUGACCUACAGAUGUUUACAAAAGUUCAGAAUUGGAGAACUGUGAGCUUUUUUUUUCUUUUGGAGACAAACGAAUUGAAGACAUUGAAUAUUUCAAAGAAGCAAAAGAGUCCUAAAAAUGCAAAAAAAAUAUUUUUUUUUAUAUUUUAUCAUCUUUGGUUUUCUUUCUGUCCAGUUAAGUCUGCCUGUUGUGCUGUGAUGUUCAGACAUUCCAAUAAAGUCCAUCUGAGAAAUUGA